GGGGUGAGUCCUGCCUCCACAGGCAUCUGCAACGGCCAGAUCUCCACAGCCUAAGGUCUCCACACCACCUUCCCGGCCCACACUCGACUUCCAAGAGCUGUUCCUGCCCAGUGGCUCCUCCUCCCCACCCACCAACCCAGCUGCCCCACAACCUCUGCCUCAGCAGGGAUGCUUUACUCCCUGGGGUUCUUGCUCCAGGGUCCACUGGGCUGGCCCAGCACCCUGAGUCAGAACCCAGGCAGGCAGGGUCAGCGCCUCUCCCCUGCCUCCCUGCAGUGGGUUCCCCAGAGCAUCUGGGACAAGCUGUGGCUUGAAGGACCUCUCUGGGGUUGGGAAAUGCAGGGCAAAGACACAAGGUGACAGACCAGGUAGAUGGUUAGAGACAAUGUGACCCAGGACCAGCAGACAGACAAUGAGGGGACUGAGCAGAAGCAGGGAGCCGCAGGGCAGGACGGACACGGAGGCCCUGUGCACACCCAGCCCUGGCUAGGCCCAGAGAGGUGGGCUAGGGGCAGUGUCCUUCCAGCUGGCAGGAGCCAGGCAUGAGUGGGGCUGGUGGGUGUGGACCAGGCAGAGUGAGGCAGGUCCAGAUGGCAUGCCACUGGCUGGCGGGCUGCCACCCCACACCCUCCACGGCACCGUCCCAACUAUAAGUCCUCCCCAGAGGAGGGGCCCCCACUGCUCCCAGAUGAUGCUCGGUAUGAAGACGGUCCUGCUGCUCCUCGUCAUCCUGGCUGUGGCCAUGGGCCCAGCCCGGGGACUCCGCUGCCACGUGUGCUCCAGCUCCACCAACUGUAAGCAGCCGCAGACCUGCCCAGCCAGCUCCCGCUACUGCAGGACCAUGACCACAGUGGAGCCUCUGUCGGGGAACCUGGUGAGGAAAGAGUGCGCAGACGCGUGCAUGCCCAACUACAGCCAGCAGGGCCAAGUCAGCAGCGGCGUCCAGUCCACCCAGUGCUGCCAAGACGACCUGUGCAAUGAGCGGCUGCACAGCUCUGCGCCCGCCCGCACCCUGCUCAGCAGCGCCACCCUGGGCCUGCUGCUGGCCCUGGGCCUCCUCGCCAGCGUGGCCCCCAGCCUGUGACCCCCCAAGGCAAGGGUGUCACCCCUUUCCCUCUCUCCCCUGGGGCCCCCCACAGCCCCCUUCCUCCCUGGCCAUGACGGGAGUGCCCGAUGCCCAAGGCCGGGCCUUCCCAGGAGGCUGGGCCAGGUCAGGGUGGGUAUGGAGAGUCGACCACCUGGAGCAGCACCUCCCCCAGGACGGGAGGGUGUGGCCGGCCAGGCACGCAGGAGGGCGGACAGGCCACCCUGGUCCCCUGGUUUUGUCCUGGCUCCUUUAUUUUUCUACUUGAGCCUCUGCAAGGAAAUAAAUGAUGUAAAGCCA